GCAACUUUAGUGGGUGUGUUGGAGGUAUGUUGUCACAAGUUCAGAGCUCUACUAAAGAGAAGCAAAGCAACUUGUAUUCAUACACUCAUAAACAAGAACUGAAAGAAAGCAAGAACUGAAGAUGCAGUCCUCAGAAGUGAGCUCCACCAUUGUGGCACCUGCUCCUCCGCUCCAUAUAGUGACUCCCCUCCUCAAGAGCCGCAAGCUCUCCUCCAAGAUGGGCGCCUCCGUGUGGUUGAAGCUGGAGAGUGUGCAGACAUCAGGCAGCUUCAAGAGCAGAGGACUAGGACGACUCUGUCAGAAGUCGGUGGCAGAGGGUUGUACUAAUUUUGUCAGCUCAUCAGGGGGCAAUGCUGGUCUGGCUGCCGUGUUCUGUGCUCAGGAGCUGGGCAUGCCUAUCACAGUGGUGGUCCCAGAGCCCACACCCCCUUUCAUUGUGGCAAAACUCAAGGAUGAGGGAGCCACUGUAGAGGUCGUCGGAAAAGCAUGGGACGAUGCCAAUGAGAGGGCCAAGGUGAUUGCCUCAUCUCCUGGUAGUGUGCUCAUUCAUCCGUUCGACCACCCAGAGAUAUGGACCGGCCAUUCUACUAUUGUGGAUGAGAUACAGGCACAGUUGAUGGGUGUGGUCCCGGACCUACUGGUGGUGGCAGUCGGUGGUGGGGGACUAAUGAACGGAGUGCUUGAGGGGUUACAUCGUAUUGGCUGGGGGGAGAUCCCCGUGGUUGCAAUGGAGACUAAGGGAGCGGGCAGUCUGAAUGCUUGUGCUGUGUCUGGAGAGUGGAAGCAAUUGGACGCCAUCACAAGUGUUGCCAAGUGCCUGGGUGCCAAGCGUGUCAGCAAACGUUCCUUCGAGUGGCUCUCCCAACACAAGAUACUCUCUCGAGUGGUGACAGACAAACAAGCUCUCUCAGCGUGUGUGAGGAUUGCUGAUGACCAUCGGAUCUUGGUCCCCCCUGCUUGUGGGGCAGCCAUGGCAGCUGUGUACGAGGACGUGAUAUCAGAGGCACAGAAGAGUGGGGAGUUGCCCGAUAGACUGGAGAAUAUCGUGGCCAUUGUGUGUGGAGGCAAUGGAGUCAAUCUGGACUCAAUCUACAAGUGGAGGGAAGAGUGCGAACUGUAGCUACUCUAAUUAACAGACUGCUUCAAUAUAAACUUGUCUUUGCUCAGAAUCUCAUUCCAAUUAAUAUUGUGUCAUUACACAGUAAUUAAUAAAUGCCACAUAUAAUAAUUACGAUUCAACUUCAAUCAACGUAC